UAUUUCAGUGGUUUUCAAAAUAUAAGUUAUAGAUGACCACGGAUUUAGCCCUUUACAUUGGGCAUCGAAAGAAGGAAGGGCUAAUAUUGUUGAAAUGUUAAUUCAGAGAGGUGCUCGGAUAAAUGCUACAAAUAUGGGUGACGACACUGCGCUUCAUCUUGCAUCGGCUCAUGGACAUAGAGAUAUUGUCCACAUGUUGUUGCGUAAUAAAGCAGAUAUUAAUGCAGUUAAUGAACAUGGAAAUACUGCCCUUCAUUAUGCUUGUUUUUGGAGUUAUCAAGCAAUUGCUGAGGAUCUAAUAAAUAAUGGUGCACUUGUGUCUGUAGCAAACCGAUAUGGGGAAAUUCCUUUGGAUAAAUGCAAAGGACAGCUUGCACAAAAACUUCAUGAAUUAGCAGUGCAGUCAGGGCAGGACCUUAAAAAGAUACCAUACAAAGAUCAAAGUUGGAUGGGAACAAAAACAAGAAGCAGAGAUGCAACAUUAUCUCGACAUUCUGGCAUUAACAUUAAUGAAUUAAAUCUGCAAGUUAAGUUAGCAAGCACUCCAUCAGGAGAGACUUGGAGAGGAACUUUGGAAGGUAAUGAUAUAGUUGCAAAAGUUUUAAGAUUGCGGGAAGUCACAAAUAGAGUAUCAAGAGAUUUUAAUGAUGAAUAUCCUCGGUUAAGAAUUUUUUCCCAUCCAAAUGUUUUGCCAGUAAUUGGAUGUUGUAAUAGCCCACCAAAUUUAAUUGUUAUUAAUCAAUAUAUGCCAUAUGGUUCACUUUAUACAAUCUUACAUGAAGGAACAGGAAUUGUUGUAGAUACAGCACAAGCUUUAAAAUUUGCCAUUGAUAUAGCAAGAGGCAUGGCAUUUCUUCAUUGUUUGGAACCUCUUGUUCCUAGACUUUAUCUUAGUAGUAAACACAUAAUGAUUGAUGAUGAAUUAAUAGUUAGAAUUAAUAUGGCAGAUGCAAAAUUUUCUUUUCAAGAAAAAGGAAAGAUGUACAGUCCUGCAUGGAUUGCACCAGAAGCAUUGCAAAAGAAACAAGAAGAUAUAAAUUCCAAAGCAGCUGAUAUGUGGAGUUAUGCUAUAUUAUUAUGGGAAUUAGCCACUAGAGAAGUUCCUUUUUCUGAUUUGUCUCCAAUGGAAAUGGGAUUGAAAAUUGCACUGGAAGGCUUGCGUAUAACAGUUCCUCCUGGAAUUUCUCAGCACAUGGCUCGACUCAUCCGCAUUUGCAUGAAUGAAGAUCCAGGAAAGAGACCAUCAUUUGAUAUGAUUUUGCCCAUUUUAGAAAAAAUGAAACAAUAAAUUGAUGCCAAAGAUAACUGAUAAUUUAUCCUAACAAUAACUAUUUUUUUUUUUUUUUUUAAUUUGCUUAUAAAUUGAAUGUGUAACUUUCUGAUGUUAUUUACAUUUAUUUUAUAAUUUAUAACUUUUAUGUUAUUUAUAACUUUAUAUUUAAUUUCAACUUAUUCAAAGUAAUCAUGUUGAAGAACUUUGACUUUAACAAAGGUGCUAAUUACAAAUUUAUAAUGCAUACUUUGCAUACACUCUGUUUCUUACAUAUAUAUAUUGUACCACAUCAAAGCUUAAAGCUUUCACUUAGGUUUCAUGUUUUACAAAUAUAGAUUGAAGAAAAGACUUUUUUUAAACAACAACUGUAAUAAAUUUAAAAUAUUAUAUUUAUUUCAGUUGUUCAAUGAUUUAUUUAACACAAAAAUUAUUCUAAUAGUAAUAAUUAUGCCAAAUUUAUAUAUAUUGCAUAAUUUUUUCUAUAUAGGUCUUUCAUAAAACAAGUUCCAUGAAUCAAAUUGUUUCUAAUUUGUUUUUGAAAUAACUUAUAUAUAUUACAAUUGUUAAGUUUAUGUAAAGUAGACUUAAAUACUAACUAUAAACUAAAAAUUAAUAGUUAUUAAGAAUGAUGAUAAUCUAUCUUGUUACUGUUUCCUAUAUAUGAAUAACACUAUAUCAAGACAUAUCUGGUUAAAUUAAUAGAAUAUUGGAGAGAAAAUUGCUUACUUUUUUUAGAAUAGAACUAUUUAUUUUUAAUUAAAAAAUAAUUUUGUUAUAAGCUUGCAAAACAU